GCGGCUCGAUCGAGUGGUCGGCCGGUGGCGAGGCCGACUGCUUGAGGAGGUCAGAGGUCGAGACGCCGACGGACGUGGGAGACUUGAGCUUGCCAAUGUCGGGCAAGAAAGAGGAAGAAGAGACCGACAGUCCGCAUGACUACCUUUCCCACUGCACUUGUUCCCGCCUGCCCUGGCUCAAGACGGACGGUCGUUCGUCUCUCGACCAGGUCAAUCUGUCUCAUUUCUGCGAGUCGGCCACGACCGGAUGGAAUGCUCUCGCCUCGUUGCUUCUGCUUCCUGCCGAGGCGGGCUUCGUCUCAUCGUCUCAAGUCGCCGCGGCCGAAGCAGCGGCUCGGUUUGCGCUGGCACCGACGACGGCGACGGCGAUGGGAGAGCAGGAGGAGGAAAAAAAGGAGGAAAAGGAGGAGGAAGAUGAGGAGGAGGAAGAUGAGGAUGAGGAGGAAGAAGAAGAAGAAGAAGACGACGAGGAGGAAGAGGAGGAAGAGGAAGAGGAGCAGCAAAUGCAAAAUGUCCCAACCACAUUGGCCUCGCCAAACGACGAUUUGCCCGUCAUGCCGUUGACAGAUGCAACCAUGCUGCUGUCCACUUCCUUGGGCGUCUCACAACCGCAUCUGCUUCGUCUACUCGCCAACUGGCGGGCUCUGACCGCCGAUGCCACUCAGCCCGAGGCCUGGACAAGACUCGAACAGGCCCCAAUCGCUACGGCCAGAGUGCCGUCCGACUGGCCUACUCUCUUCCCCUCUUCCUCUUCUUGCUCCUCCUCUUACUCUUCCUCUUCUUCCUCCUCUUGCCUCUCCGCCUACUCCUCCUCUUCUUGCUCAUCUUCCUCCUCCUCCUUCUCUUGUGGCCUCGAGCCGGCGCCUCGGCAGAUGGGCCAAUUGGCCCAAGUGCAACAUUCCCUUUCGCCCGGCCUAUUGCCGCCGGGCACGCCGUCGACGCCGGAAGAGUCGCCGCAGGCCGUCUGGAGCCUGGGCGGACUCGAACAGCGCCUCGACGCACUCACGGCAACCGCUGGCUCGACGGUGGAGGCCAUUCGCCUUCUGGCCCCGGCCACGAUGCAUUUGCUGGCGCAACUUUGUCGCCAAGCCGGAGAGACGCCAGUCUGCGGGUCACAGCGUUUGGCGAACGGUUGCCUUGCGACCGAGACAGCGGAAUCGGACGAGUUGAAAAUGGAGGAGGACAAGGUUGGUGUAGAAUGGUUGUUGUGCUUACUUCCAUUUCCGGUGAAAGUGUUGCGUGAAGAGAUUUGCAGGUCGAUUCCACCAGAAGACGACGCCGAUUGGCUCUACUCGAACAUUCAUGCUGACGCUGUUUCCGAGGCAGUCUCCUUCGAUUCCGGUGAAAAGAAGGUAAGCUUUCGUCCGUCAUAUGACGGACAUCAUCAGAGCGAGGUAUCAUCGUCACAACAAAAUUCAAGCUAA